UGUAAAGCUGUUGCCAAAAUAAUUAUAAUGUUAAAUGUAAGUGAUCACCAUAAUGUGAGCAUAUACACUUGAAGAGUUUAGCAGAUUGCUUGAAUGUAUCUGUCUGUGUCUGAGAGAUCUGUCUGUGAUCCAAAAGAAACUUACACAAAUUGACCAUUUACUUAAACAUAAAAGCGAUUUUUAGAUGUUUCAAAUUUUGAUGUCACGACUAGUCACAGGUAUUUUUGAUGUUCAUUUCUUGUUUUCUUUUUAAAUUAAAAACUAAACUUUUGACUACGAUUUUUCCUCAUCUAUUUUGUUGAACUGCUUUUAAAAGAAAUAAUACUAUGUCCAAUUCCUUGAGUCAAAGUUACUUAAUAUGGUGUGUACGUCACACUUUGGUAAAAUUCUAUGAAUUUACUGCAAGAAUUCAAGAAUACAUCAUAGCUUACCAAAGCAAAAAAACAAAAUACUUAUUCUAACGAGCUACACAAAUACUAGCAAAUUUAAUAGUAACACAGAACAACAACAAAAGCAGUGGUAUUACAAAUAACUAAAAAAGUAUCAGCGUUAUUCGUAGCACGGGUUCUUAUAAAAUAAAAUACAGGUCUUGGUAAAAAAAAAAAAAAACUUUCAUAUCAAUUGUCUUUAUUUAAAAUUGUAAAAAGUCCAUUGACUAACGGCAGGCUUAAAGCAUCGAAUGACGAGCCAUGCAAAGACACACUAUUUAAGGCAUCUAAUGACAUGCAAAGAAAAAACACACUAUUUAAGGCAUCAAAUGACUAGCAAUGAAAACCGUACUAUUUAAGGCAUCGAAUGACUAGCAGUGCAAAACCUCCCCAGUUAGUUAUUAAACCCUCUUGUACAAGAUUGAAUUAUGUACACAAAAAUGUUGAUGUAAACUAGAUUUACAGUUCAACAACAAGUUAAACUUAUAUUUAAAGAGUCGACUCUUUGAAAUUGUGGCGUGCUGCUUAUUCCGGGGACCUCUUACUCUAAUUGUUUUAAAUGUACCUAAGUUGUUCGCCCCGUCUCUGUCAUUUGAGGACCGCCUUAGUCAACCAACAAUAAAACGAUCUCACCCAGGAAUGUAUGUGGAUGUGCUUCCUAAAGCUGAGAGAAUUAUCUACCUGGUUGUUGAGGUGACCUGCAUCGCUUACGGUAUUAUCUCCCUGUAUCUGGAGGGCCAAGGUUAGUAGUCGUAGGUUCGAUACAUUUUCAAAUGAACGGUUUCCUUGAAGCUUAGGCAAUCGGUGCGGGAUUAGAGCUGUGGUUACAAGAAGCAGCUGGGGUAUUGAUCAAAUUCACCAGUAACAAACUCAUGUGAUGCCUUCGAGUAUUUGAUCCACAAUUUUGACAAACCAAUACUUUAAGCAUUUUCCAAAUAUCAAUCUCCUUCCAGAAUACAGAGACAUUCUGAGCAACGACAGCGUCCAGUCUGGUUGGACCUGGUUGGGGGGUGACCUGGUGAGUUGUUGCGCAACAAAAAAUCGCUAUUUGUUGACCAUUAAAAAAAUUAACUUAUCAUUGGCUAGAAUAGAUUUUUUAAACAAAUAACAUUGAUGAACUUCUCUGAGGUCACUUUCAAGCAAUCUUGACCAUAUCAUUAAAAAAUAAUAACUUUUUUUACAUUUGCGAUCACAUAAUGAUUUUUUUUAAGUGGGUCGGUGCUGAAUAAAAGAUUUUGUUAGAAAUCUAUACAGCUACAACAAUUGUGUCCGGGGUCUGUCUCAGAUACAUAUCACAGUUAACACAACGGUUUACGUGGUCUUUCUCCGAUACAUCCAACGAUUAUUCUUCACUUAUAUAAAUAGACUUCAGAUUAGGUAGAUAUAGCAUAUCUGGAGGCAAAUUUAACACCAUAUUCUUAACAACACAUUAUCAUUAACAAAUAACUGUUGGCCAAAAACAAACAUAUUUUGUUCAACACAACAGCAUUAACCAUUGGUUGCUUGCCCCGAGCCUCUCAAGGUGCUGCAGUGUCUUCAGUUGUCUCGGGGGACACUUUAAUAACGGGGACACAAACCUGUUAACAUCUACUCCUCCACAUUCGGCUCAAUCUUUCAUUUGCAGGAAGUAAAUGACAAAGAAUGGUUCGUUUGGCGAAACUCUCUCCCGCGGUUCUUCCUGUUCAUCAUCGGCCACGUCUGUCUGUCACAGGCUUGUUCUUUCUUAGGGACACACGUCAAGGUUCAUUGAUUAAACGCUUGUUAAAAACAUGUUUUUAAAAAUAGUUUGUUUUUUUAAACCCAUCAUACACUUUACAAAGCUGAUAUCAAAUGUUAUAAAAUAUAUUCCAUUACGAUUUCAAAUAUUGUUAAUCUCUCAAAUAGUAGCUUAAUAUAAAGAUAUUUGUUUAAAAAAUUUUAAAUCAUAAUUUCUUAAUAUAUGGUUAUAUUUAUAAAUUGAUUAUUUUGAAACGUAGAAAGUGACGAAUUGUUUUUUUUCCCCCAAUAUUCUGUUUUUAUAACGUGUUGUGGCACAUGAAACGAAAGCUUUAAUUUCAUCUUUUGACCAGAUGCGUGUAUUGGUCCUCGCUCUGUUCGACCUGGGUACCAUAGUCGUGUCUUUAGGAAUCUGUCCUGUUCUGAUAAUGUCGACCGAAAUCCUGAUGAUAUACUUGGCCUCUUGCACCAAUUCCAUACCCUUUGUUUGGACCGUGGCGAUGAUCAUCAUUUUUUUCCAAGCGAAUUAUUAUUUAAUGGAACUGAUGGUAUCUAGCACAGAUUUCAGUAAUAAUCUCAAAGUCUUAUUUAACGCCACUGAUGGUAUCUAGCACAGAUUCCAGUAAUAAUCUCAAAGUCUUAUUUAACGGCACUGAUGGUAUCUGGCACAGAUUUCAGUAAUAAUCUCAAAGUCUUAUUUAACGGCACUGAUGGUAUCUAACACACAUUUAAAUUUUAAACUCAAAGUCUUAUUUACUAGAACUGAUGGUAUCUAAUGCACAUUUUUGUAUUAAAAUAAAAAUCUUCAUUAAUUGAACUGAUGUUAUCUAAAGCUUAUUUCAGUAUUAAAAUCAAUGUGUUAAUUAAAGAGCACAAAAAUGUGUCUUUGUGUAUUUGCAUAAGUCAGAAGCUGAUAUGUUUCGCAGAUCGGGGGUUCAAACCUUGGGUACUUAUCUCCUGUGGAUGCAUUUUAAAAGACGUAAUGUAUUGUAAAAUGUUGCAUUGAAUUUAAUGUUCAAAUUUAACACUUUCAACAGCAUCAAAUGAUAAACAUAAGAAACUACAGUGAAAUUAUCUUCCCAUUCUUUGGGGCAUCUGGCUUUUUCUACCUUCAUCUUGUUAGUUUUGCCAUCGACAAAAUUAAAUGGAAGCAGUUCAAGUGUGACGAGGGGACAUCCACUGCUGAUCCUGACGGCGUCAAACAAUGUGUGAAAGGCAAUUGCAAGUCCAUGACACCGGAAAUGACGAAACAGCGCCUCGGCUCGUUUCCCGAAACCCCCAAAUUUGAUGACGUCACAUCGCCUAGUUUCAUGGAUUUUGUAUUCUACGCGUUCUACCUACCGACGUUUGCUAACGGCCCUGUUUAUACAUUCAGGCAAUUCUAUGAAGAAACGCAAAAAUGUUUCAAUGCCCAAUCGUGCUCGGUUAGCUUGAAAGACGUCUUUAGAAACUUAAUUCGCCUGAUGCUCUGGAAACUUCUCCUCGACCUGGUGCUAAGAAAUCUUCACUUGGGAAUUUUGAAAGAGGCCAGCAUCAUCAACAUUUUGUCCUUUCCAUCCGUCUGCACCCUGGUCUACGUGCAGGGCCAGCUGUUUAUGGUCAAGUACCUGUGUAUGUACGGUGUCUGCGGGCAGCUGUCUCGACUGGAUGGGGUCACCCCCCACCCCUCGCCGCGCUGCGUCUCGUACAUCUAUAAAUUCACGGACUUUUGGAAGUACUUUGACGUCGGGAUGUACCAGUUCAUCAAACUGUACAUCUACCUCCCGUGCCUCAGGGGCAGGUCGGACUUGUGGUCGAAACUCUCCUCUGCGGCUGUGGCGUUUUUGUUUGUGUACUUCUGGCAUAACGCGUUUUUGGAAAUCUUUCUGUGGGUCUUGGGCAGCUACCUGAGCACAGUUGUGGAAGCGGUUGCCAAGGAGAUGGAAAGGUCUGCUGUAGCCGUUCGAAUGGUAGGUGGUUGAGGGGGGCGGGGGUCAAAAGUUAAGAGCUGCGGGACAGUUUUGGCUUGAAGUACGUAGCGCAUACUCGAAUCUAAAUAGCAAAUCGUAUCGUCUUUUUCAAUGAAAGAUAAAUUCUCAGGCUAGACAAAUCUUAAUGCCUCAAUGGUUUCUAAUCUAAACUAGUUGUAAUACAUCAGAAUCUCAAGCUAUUAAAGGAAACUGGACAAAAAUCUACCUGUGUAAUGGUGUGUGAUUUUUUUAAUCCUUACACAUACAUUGAUACCAGUUGUUUUGUUUGUUUCAAUCAAGAAACAUUUCCAAGUUAUUAAUCUCCAUUGUAAAUUGAGGCAAAUUGUUUCCAUGAUGUAUGUGUCGUCUUAAAACAUACUUGGCCGAUCGUUUUAAUCUUUUGAUUUCAGGCAUUCAAUGAAAUACGAAGAAGAGCAAUUUUUCAUUUUCUACUGCUAUUGUAAAUGAACUCUUAUCCAAAGUGCACCUUUACGACAUCCUCAGAAAUCCAAGAUGAGCGAAGCCAUGCAGCUGAGACUCAGAGUUAUCCUCAUUCUGCCCAUGUACUUCUUUUCAGUUUGCCAGAUUUCGUUUUUCUUUUUUGACUUUGAUGCCGGUUUGGCGUUUUCCAGGAGAAUAUUUGUAACAGGUGAAUUGUUUAAUGUUACUAUUAAUUUUUAUUUUUAAUUUUUUCGUAUGGUAAAAAGCUUUGAUUUUCAUAAAAGAUGAGAAGAUAAAGGAAGAAUGAACGGGUGUGCAUCUAUCUGAGUGGCUACUCGGAUGCUACAAACAAAUUACAUUGUAUUUCAUGAUAUCAUCAACAUCUGGUGCUGUCGUACGGUAUUGUUGUUACGGCGACUCCUGGCGUGCUGUUUACUUGGCUCAAAGGCAAUUUCUUGGGCGUGACAUAAAAAUUACAUUGAAUGUAUGAAUGCAGAUUAUUAACGUUAUAAAUUAAAGUUGCGUCACUAGGAGGUACAAGUGGGGAUAAGGCAUCACAGGGUGAGCCCCUCAUAGGAUUGUGACAGCAAAAUGGAAAGAAGAAAAAAUGCAAAUUUGACAGAUUUCGCUGGAGUCGGUUCCCUAUCAGUCAUUAGAUAAAGACAAGAGCAUGCUGUCAUCCGAACAGUGUGUCGCCAGAGCCAGUUGCCACCAGAGCCAGUUGCCACCAGAGUCAGUUGCCACCAGAGCGGGUUGUCUCCAGAGCCAGUUGCCACCAGAGCCAGUUGCCACCAGAGCCAGUUGCCACCAGAGCCAGUUGCCACCAGAGCCAGUUGCCACCAGAGCGGGUUGUCUCCAGAGCCAGUUGCCACCAGAGCCAGUUGCCACCAGAGCCAGUUGCCACCAGAGCCAGUUGCCACCAGAGCCAGUUGCCACCAGAGCCAGUUGCCACCAGUAUUGGUCUGAAAGGCGGGGCUGAAAUGUUGUCACAUGAGUUCUCCGCUUAAUGAAAUAAAAAGUAGUUCUAUUUUUUUUUUUAAAUACUGCAUUUUAACUAAGAAUUGUUGUAAAAACGAACGCAUUAACCAUCACAAAAAUAUUAUUUUCAGCAACAUGGGGUCAGCUUCUAGCAGUGACGCUGGUUGUACUGGCGGGGCUGCAUAACGCCGUCUUCAUCUCAAGAAUACGACAGUGCUCAGAAUCAAAACGCCAUUAAUUACACAAGGAAAAAAAUCGAGUGAUUUCGUGCACAAGUUUGAAGACGGUCAACUUUGAAUUGAUGAUAAUAAAUAAUGCAUGGACCUUCAAUACCAUUAUUGAGAAGAAAAAUAUUCCUGACAAUUUUAUUAGCCUUUUGUUUUAUAUCAGUGGUUCUUAACCUGGGUUCAGUCGAGCUCCAAGGGGUUCGGUGAGUCAGUCUCAGGGGUUCGGCGGAGGUCCAAAAAAAAAAAAAAAAUCAGAAAAAAAUUCAAAUUUUAUUUUUCCCAUUAAGAAGGGUUCGGUGAAUGUGCA